AUGCCUGGUCGCCAUCGCAAAACAUCGCCCUUGAAGAAUCCGUCAAAGGCCUAUCUUGCAUUUGGCUUGGAAGGCUCAGCGAACAAACUCGGCGCUGGCGUAGUCAAGCACGAUAAGGACGGUUCUACUACUGUCUUGUCGAACGUUCGACAUACAUACAUUACACCCCCUGGCGAAGGAUUCUUGCCUCGCGAUACUGCGAAACACCACAAGGAAUGGGCGCUGAAGGUCAUCCAGGACGCCGUAGAAAAGGCUAGCACGACAAUCGAGCAGCUGGACUGCAUUUGCUACACGAAAGGGCCAGGCAUGGGAGCACCCCUACAAUCCGUAGCAUUGGUGGCGAGGACGCUUUCCUUGCUAUACGACAAGCCUCUCGUUGGUGUGAACCAUUGCGUUGGACACAUUGAAAUGGGUCGAUUGAUCACGGGCGCCCAGAACCCAGUUGUUUUGUACGUCUCAGGGGGCAACACUCAAGUGAUUGCGUACUCUCGACAGCGUUACCGCAUCUUUGGUGAAACCCUUGACAUUGCCGUAGGCAACUGCCUCGAUAGAUUCGCCAGGGUCAUCAAUCUCAGCAAUGACCCUAGUCCAGGCUACAAUAUUGAGCAAGAGGCAAAGAAAGGAAAGCGAAUGGUGCAGUUGCCAUAUACGACCAAAGGAAUGGACGUCAGCUUGUCAGGGAUAUUGACCUCCGUCGAAGCCUACACGAUGGAUAAACGAUUUAAACCGGAUGCGGUGGCGGCUGAAGUUAAUGAUGAAGAUAUCAUCACUCCUGCCGACUUGUGCUUCAGUCUCCAAGAAACCAUCUUUGCCAUGCUUGUUGAAAUAACCGAGCGAGCCAUGGCUCAUAUAGGCAGCAAAGAGGUACUUGUGGUCGGAGGUGUUGGGUGUAACGAGCGGUUACAAGAUAUGAUGGGGAUCAUGGCUAACGAGCGAGGUGGUCAAGUUUUUGCGACCGAUGAACGGUUCUGUAUUGAUAAUGGGAUAAUGAUAGCCCAAGCGGGGCUAUUGAGCUAUCGUAUGGGUCAAGAAACACCUUUGUCCGAGAGUACAUGCACACAGAGAUUCCGGACCGACGAAGUUCAUGUCGCUUGGCGUCUAUGA